GCCAUGAGUUGCAAUGUUGUUUGUCGUGAAAAGAGUUGAGUAGGACGACGAGUGACGUAUCUUAAUUGUGAUGGUGGGAGUGAUGUUUUAGUAAAGAAUUUGUCAUUUACAAAAUUUUGAUAUUUAUUUGUGAAACGAUUAGAUUUUAUUGAUAUUUUCGAUAAUAACAUACGAAAUGAGUUUCUUUUCAAAUUUGUUCGGUGGGAAAAAGGCUGAUCAAGCUCCAUCAACGGGCGAAGCCAUACAAAAAUUACGGGACACAGAAGAAAUGUUAAUAAAGAAACAAGAUUUUCUGGAACAGAAGAUCACACAGGAAAUUACACUGGCUAAGAAACAUGGAACCAAAAAUAAGAGGGCGGCCAUCCAGGCGCUGAAGCGGAAGAAGCGCUACGAGCGGCAGCUGCAGCAGAUCGACGGCACACUGUCCACCAUCGAGAUGCAGCGCGAGGCGCUGGAGGGGGCCAACACCAACACGGCCGUCCUCACCACCAUGAAGAACGCCGCGGACGCCCUCAAGGCCGCACACAAGAACAUGGACAUCGACAACGUCCACGACAUGAUGGAUGACAUUGCGGAACAACAAGACGUUGCCAGGGAAAUCUCAGACGCCAUCUCGAACCCGGUGGCUUUCGGACAGGAUGUGGACGAGGACGAGCUGGAGGCAGAGCUGGAAGCCCUGGAGCAGGAGGAACUGGACAAGGAGCUGCUCGGGGUUGGCACCCCUGCCGUGGACGACCUGCCCGCCCCCCCCUCGGCCGCCCUCGCCAAGCCCCGCCCCGCCAAGUCAAAAGCCCAAGUUGAGGAGGAAGACGACGACAUGAAGGAGUUGGCUCAGUGGGCUUCCUAAGUGCGACACGCUCCUACCGGCUUGCGGCAGGCUCGAUCGGGACGGCUCAGGCGUUGUAAAUACCCUGCUGGCAUGAAACUGCUUUUUUUUUAGGGAAGAAGCAUCUAUGGAGCGCUGUUAUAAAUAUGCAUAUAUAUUGUAAUUGAAAUAAUACUGAAUUCGAGGGUAUUAUUGAUGUAAUGUCUAAGAAUAGCCAAUAUUUUAAUUUUAACAUUUGUAAAUGAAGUUUUGUUGAUGUUUAUUUUACGUGUAGUUUCUAUGGAAUUUAAAUUUAUAUCAUAUUUUGUGUGGUGAUAUAUUUUUGUGAUCUGAUCCCAUACCAGCUAAUACAACUCAUUCUGUGGAUUGUUAUUUGUAAUUCUGAUGUUUCUAAAGAUGUGUUAAAAAACUUUAGUACAGUAUCACUCUGUGGACUGAUAAUUGUGUAUCAGGGAGUGCUGUCACUGUAGAACUAUGGGCUUCAGAACUUAGAAGUUCUGUUUCUUGUUGAUAUUGAUGAACAAUGAACAAUGAGUAGAGUUGGGGUUAGGCCUGUGUGAAGCUUAAACUAAGCGAAUCACUCAAAGCUCUUUUUAAUAUUUGGUUUGACUUAGCCAGGAAAUUUGAUAUUUGUUUUAUUUUAAGCUUCGGUUCUGAUGCAAAGCUUUGCGUCUGUUGCAAAGCUUUAAAAUGUUGGAAGCUUAAGAUUUGAAGGCACUCCAUUUGCUUUUAUGAAUGGUUAUUAUAUCAUUUUUUUGAAUGAUAUAUGUAGGGCCUACCUGGUUGAUCACUUAAUUAGUUCAAACAUCAAACGAUUAUUUUUUAACUGUAAUCCGUAUUUCGUAAAAUAAGUCUAAUACAGUUUCACCAAGAACAAUAUUCGUAAUUCGAUUCUACUACGCAAAUAUUUUAAACAUUCAUUAUGAUAUUUGCUUCACGUCAAAAAAUUAGUAAUCACACAGGUCUAGUUCAGGUUGUGAUCUAUUGUAGCUGACCUGAAACACACUAUUUUAUUUCCUGUAGGUAUCAAUCCUUUGUCUCUAAUGGCCUCUUAACCAUUUCAAUCACUUUCCUUCCUUCAUUGUUUUUUUUUAUUUUUGCCUCUUUUUUGAUUGUCUUACUGUCCACAGGAUGAGUUGCUUCUCAGUGUAUCUGAAGUCAUAAUCAACAACACUUGAAUUGAUGUAAGAGUAGACUCAUGCUUUUUGUAUUUGUUCGCGUCGUUAAUUAAUUUUGUUUACCCACAUCUGAGCAGCUGUCGAUUUUUUGUCGCCCGGCUGCUGAUAUUGUAUGUGGCAGUUACAUGUUGCUGUCCAUCAACGUUGAUGAAGAUGCUUAAUAUUAAAUAGCGUAGUUUCUUUUUUGAGUGCCUUUCUGAAAAGAAAAAGAAAUAACUUGUAGUUUAUCGGUAAUGCUUGUUUCUCUUGGGUUGAUGUUAACAUCAUCAUAGUGUAACGACACACUAGUGUAUCCACGACGCUGACAGUUCUUGCUGGUGUAACUGUUAUAAUAGCACAAUAAAGUUUUGCAGUUGUCCUUUU